GUCAAACAGUUUGUGGCCGCGGACGGGCUCGCCAGCGUACGACGAGUUCAGUUAGAAAUCAACAGUAAACAGAAACGGACGGAAAAGUAGGAUUUUAGUUCCAGAACCUCCUCCUCUCAAAUUCAAACAUAAAACACUUGGACACUGCGAGCAAGAGUGAAACUUGUAAAGUGGGAACAGAGUAGAAGCAAACACACAGAAUACCCGGAGUCCAGCCAAGAAAUAGUUUCCGUCAUAAAAUUUUUAUCCAGCGAGUGUGUCGGGCGAGAAUAUCCUGGAACCGUGAAACUAGACGAAACACUUGGAACAAAACGUGAACGGUUUAAACAGCAGAGUGUCACGGAACAAACUAUGCUGGAGAGAAGAACAUCCCGGAAGCAGUUAACGGAACUUCGUCGAGAAUCCUGCAACUAUUUACUCAGCGAUACUCCCGAAGGGAGUCUGUGAAACAAAUACGCACAAUUUUUGUAGACUUUUCCGGUACAGUUCCGGAAGUGUAACGAAGCAGCAUCCCGGGGUCAGUUGAACCAAUCAGAGAAAUUUGUGUUGAGAAAACAAAAAUAUUCGCGAGUGAGUGAAUGGAAUAGAAUACACUAAAAUUACAAGAAAAAAAAAUCAAUUUUGUGAAAAAACACAGAUUUUCGUAAAAAUAAGCAAUCAACAGUUCGCCAACAGUGACGAUGCAGACGAUGCUCUUCGGUGACAACUCAGAGGAAAAUACUCCCGAAAAGUACGGGGCCAACCGCCAGAGAUACAGUCUAAUGUCGAUGAACUUGUAAAUCUGAUAAUUUACGGUUCUGCACCGACAGCCAACAUCGGGCGCGUGUGUGAGCACGCAGACAGAAGAGUUGCCGAAAACGCAGUGCAAGGAAGAACGGUGAGAAUAGCGACACAAAAGUGCACACAGGUGAUGCAGAUUUACGUUGUUUUUUUGUGGAUGUGUAACGCGAGUGAAUUGCACCAGCUGCAAUCGUGAAAUUUGAUAAGUGGUGAAGAGCAAAGAUUUCAAGUCACGUUGAAGUUAAAAAUUUGAAAAAAGCGAAACAUGAUUUUUGAGGAAAAAUGAGUGCUUGACAAACGAGAAACAAAGUGAAGAGAAAAUCCAAAACCAAAAAAUUACGUGAAACACAGAAAAUUAAAAAAAAUUAAAGAAGACCAAACCGAAAACCCAAAACAAGUGCAACCAGUGACAACAGUUAGUGGGCAGUGCAAGUGUCCCACACCCCGCAGAAUAUGGUGCCUCAGCACGGCCACGACCUGCAGCUAGUGGUGUCCCAGUCGACCGCCGAGCAGAUGAUGGAUACUACCGGUGUUGUGGUGGUUCAGCAGGUCCAGCAACAGCAGCACCAGAUCAGCACCAUGAACCACGCACUUCAGCAGCAACAGCAGCAGAAUCUGCUCGAAUCCGUGCUGCAACAGCAGCAGCAGCAACAGUCCCAAGUGGUGAACAGUCCCGAGCAAAUGAUGGCCCAGCAGCAGCUGAAUACGGUCAUGUUCGGCUCCCAGAUGGUGGACAAGAACUCCAGCACGCCGUACACCGAUGCAACUCAGACCAAGAAGCACAGCCCCGGCCACAUCAAGCGCCCGAUGAACCCGUUCAUGGUGUGGAGCCAGAUCGAGCGGCGCAAGAUCUGCGAGGUGACGCCGGACAUGCACAACGCGGUCAUCUCGAAGAACCUGGGCGCCCGCUGGAAGGCGCUGAGCGAAGCCGAGCGGCAACCGUUCAUCGACGAGGCCGAGCGGCUGCGCAAGCUGCACACGCAGGAGUACCCCAACUACAAGUACCGUCCAAAGAAGAAGCAGGUCAAGGGUGCUCCCGCCAAGGCGGCCGGUUCCAGCUCGCCGUCGGCCUCGCCCGCGUCCUCUACGUCGUCGCGGGAUAGCUGUGGGUCGACGACGACGACGUCGUCGUCGGCGUCUUCGACGAAGAGCAAGUCGGGAAGCAGACGCAGCAGCGGGAAGGUCAGCAAGAACGACAGCAACAACAACAACAGCAGUAGCAUGAGUAAGUCGAAGAAGGCGGUUAUCCGGGCUGAGCUGAGGGAGAGUGAGAGCUUUGAGGAUCUGUACUACCAUCAGACGGCGGUGCAGUGUGUGGGCGGAAAGUCGCCGGAUCCGCCGGUCGGUGCCGCGAUGUACGAGGACAGUUCGUUGAUCUCGACGGAGCAGACCUUUGCGGAGUCGGUGUUUGACGAGGCGGGUGGGAAUUUGUUCUCGACGAAUCUGGACGGGUUCAGUGCGGAGGAGUGCAGUCGUGGGUUUGUGACGCAGACGCUGUUCGAUCCGGAAGAGGACAACAAGACGUUCAUACUGAACAACAACGACGACUCGAAGGGAUAUCUGUACGCGAACGGUGCUAUGAACCAGGAGCAGGCUGGCAAUGGGGUGAUCAACGGUGCGGGCAGCCAGAUGGAGGUGGACAUCAAGCGGGAGCUGUACUACGAGGACGAGGAUCGGUUCGACGUGACGGAUCCGUGCCUGAACGGAGGACUGGACGAUGUGUUGAACGGCACCGGCGACCAGAUGAACGGUCACCCAGUGAGUCCGGUCAACUCGAUCAACGACAUCGUCACGUACAACGGACUGUUCACGGUGACGCAACCGGGCAGCGGAACCUCCAACGGAAACACCCUGGCCAGCUUCAGCGAUCUUGCCAACCUGACGUCGAACGGGUGCUCGCAGCAGACAUUCCUGAUUGCGUCGCACGUUGCCAGCCAGCUCAGCGAACUCAGCUCGAUAAGCCAGCUCGACAGCCGGUCCCCGUCGGCGGGCAUCACCGCCAACCAGCUCAACAGCAUUUCGUCCAACUGCCAAGUGUUACCCACCUCGACGAUGAUCUCCGUCAGCAGUACGGCGUCCUGCGCGGGGACCAUCAGCAGUAGCAGCAGCGGCAACACCAUCACCACCAACUCCUGCCUCCCGACCGGUAUGGUCCUGACGGACUGCGGCCCGGCGAUAGCGCCCGGACUCAUCAACACCCACUCGCACCACCACCAUCUGGACUUUAGCGACAUGGUCGGGACGGAGGACUACAACGACAUCACGUUCGACGGGCUGGAGACGGCGUCCUCGUCCAGCGGCUCGCACCUGGAGUUUACGUACCCCUCGGCGGACAUGCUGCUCGACACCGGCCACUGCUACGACCUCAACUAAGCCGGAUCAUUUUUGUUUUUUGCAAACACAUCGAGAAAAAAAACCAAAAAAUUAAGUGCUUUAUUGUGAGAGCGAGACAAACGAACGAACGAGCGAGAGAGAGUGAGAGCAUGCGAGAGACAGAGGAAAUGUUUGUAAAUUAGAGAGAAGACGAGGAGAGAGCGCGCGCGAACGUGGCGAAGAGAGGAAAAACAAAUUAAAAAGUGUUGUGAUGAGGUAAACAGAACUUUGCGCGCGGAAACAGGAAUUAUUCGAGAUUUUUUUGUUGUUGUUUUCAUGGGUUGUCAGCGCGGGCGAGAAAGCAAACUGUUGUGAUAUUUUUUUCCUCCUUAAUUAAUUGGAAAGUUUGGCAAAGUGAGGUGGUCGCGGAAAUUGAAUGCGCCAAAAAGGUUGUCAAUAAUUAGUGAGCGUGGUCAGCGCUCGGGGAAAGAAUCGACAAAAAAACAAAAGAAAGUAAAUUGAAAAAUUGCAAAUGGGACCGCGUCCCAAAAGUGCCGGCGUUCCAAAGCAAAAAAAAACGAGGAAAGGAUCUUGGCAAGAAGAAAAAAAGUUUCGUAAGUCACCGCAACCACCGCGGCAUUCAAUUGAUGGCGCGCAAUGAAAUUGGUUCCUUUCGAUUCCCUCUACACAACUUUCAGAGUGAGGGGAUGAAAAAGUUUUACAUUUGCGGGACCGAGGUUCACCUUUUUUUUUCGGCGAGGAAAAUGUUUUGUGGUAUUUUCCAUUAAGUCAUUACACUAAUAGCCUCUCUUCCUCUUUGGUGAGGUGGUUUUCGAGAGUGCCGCGAACAUUGUAGCACUUUGUAACCGAUUGCAAAGUUGUGUCUUUAAGGUUCUUGAAGAGAACGAAUAAAAGUAGUUUUUAACCGAUUGACAACUUAAAGAUUGAAGAUUUCGCAGUAAAUCUUUACCGACCCGAGCAGACGGAAAUAACUUGGGAAUAACAUUUUUUGUUAUUUGAAAAUACUAGGCCAAUAACAUUUUAUGUUAUUUAUAACAAGAUUUGUUAUUCGUCGUUAUGAUUUUUUUGUUAUUGGAUUGUUAUUGUAAUAACAGAUUAAUAACAUUUUUAGUUAUUCUUCGAACAAAUCUCUGUUAUUAUUUUUUGUUAUUUUAACAACUAAUCCGAUCAUCCCAAUAACAGUUGGAGAUAUUCUUCCAUAACAAAAAAUGUUAUUCCGCAGUUGUUUUGGCUUUCAACCAAUAUCAGACCAAUAACAAAUUUUGUUAUGAUAACAUAAACUGUUAUUAAACCGUUAUGCAAAAAUUGAUUUCUCAAGAAGAUUCCAUAACACUUUCUGUUAUUUUAACAGGAUUUGUUAUUGAAAUGGUAUGAAUUUUGUUAUUACCGUCUGCCCGGGGAAUGGUGAAAUUUAAGCAAUUUUGUAUGAAUCAAUUUCUCAGCAAAAAACCGCCCAGCAGAGAGUGAUUCAAACGAAUCGCAUCUGCCAGCAAUAAAGCGAAUUCAAUGAUGUAGAAAAAUGAGCGGCAUCUUUCGCGAUAAACCCGGCUGCCCGAAGGGCGUGCGAGCGCCGGAACAAUCCCGCCAGGUCUGCCAGUUGUUACCAGUUCUCCGAUUGAAGGAAGAAAUUAUGAUUAUUGAAUGAUUUUCUGUUUCUACCUUCGACUGCGGUGCUUCCUCCUUUUUUUUUGUUCCAGGAGUUACAGCGGAUCAUCACGAGCCAGGGCGAGGAAAUGGUUGAUUUAUGUUUCGCUGCAUAAAUCAUGAAUCAUAAUCUUAUUAUGCCGGUUUAAGCUCCCCCCGGUCUUUGGGAGAUCCUUUUUCAUCGGCCAGACUCCGGCCAAGACGAGAAAUCAGUUAUGCAUCAAUACUGGAGCUUUUAUUGCUGCCAUUAUUCGAGAGGCAGAGAGUUGUUGAUUCAAAGUUAGCCCAAGAAAAACCUCAACGUGGAACCGAAAGUCAUGUGGCUAAUCCUCUGAUUCGACCCCGGGAAGGUUGAGAGGAUGUGGAACUUUUUGCCGGCCAGUUUGUCCGUCCGAUGACUUUGAUCCGAAUGGGUGGCCGGCUCUUUUUUGCCGACUUCGAUGGAUUGGAGAAAUUGCGGGAAAGUGGCGGGGAAACCCAGUGCUGACUGGUUCGAAGUCGACUUCGAGUUCAUUCUUUGAUUGGGGCAGGCUUCUUCUGUUCGGAUGCACUCAGAACUGGGAUAAACAUCUUUUCACUUGCGCUAACGUUUUUACAGCGCUUAAGACAUUAAAAUGCUUCAAACUACCGGCAACGUGUUCUUUUGAACAUGGUUUAGCCGCUCACUUGAAAAAUAAUUCGGAAACAUGUAACUAUUUAGCAAGCGCUAUCAAUAUAAACAAACCCGCUAAGUCACUUGACGUUUACCUAUUCCCGUCGAAGACUUACGAAAAUCAGGCGAGAAGCGAAGGCAAAUAAAAAACCAAGACCUACCACCAACAGCACCGGCAACGCGUGUUAGAGUGAGCCAGUGAUGCAAGGAAACUUCCGCUGGAAUCGCUACUUUUUAUGGUUUAAUCAAAAAUGUUU